CGAAUACUAAGGUCCUUUGGCCAAAAUGAAUCCUACUUUAGUGCUCAUCGUUUUAAGCAUAGCAGAGAUGCAUGCUCAUACUGCUCUUCAAGGUGCACCAAUUCUUCAGAAUUAUUAUAAUCCACCACCGGACGUACCUCCAACUUCACACCCUCUUUCAGCAGCACCAGCUAACACACUAUUUGCAUACCAACGGUAUCCACCCAACACACAACAUAGUGGGAACACAGCUGGAUGGAAUUUAGGAUCUGGCCCAGGAUUAGGAUCUGGCACAAACACUGGAGGAAACACAGGAGGAACUAGCUCUGGCUCUGGUUCAGGCUCACGCUCAGGCUCAGGAUCAUGCUCAGGCUCAGGAUCAUGCACAGGCCCAGGAUCAUGCUUAGGCGCAGGAUCCUGCUCAGGAAAAGACUCAGGUAAAGGCCCAGGAUCAUGCGCAGGCCCAGGAUCAUGCUCAGGCUUAGGAUCAGGCUCCGGCUCAAAAUCAUGCUCAGGCACAGGAUCAUGCUCAGGCUCAGAAUCAGGCUCAGGUGCAGAAUCAUGCUCAGGCACUGGAUCAUGCUCAGGCUCAAGAUCAGGCUCAGGUAAAGGAUCAUGCUCAGUCGCAGGAUCAUGCUCAGGACCAGGAUCACGUUCUGGAACUACCUCUGGUGGAAAUAUAUUAGGAACUAGCUCUGUCUCUGGCUCAGGCUCAGGCUAAGGACCACGCUCAGGAACUAGCUCUGGAUUAGAUAGACUCAAUUUUGUACGAUUUCUAUCUAUAGAUCCGUAUAAGGCUUUCAAAUUCCAGUUAUCGAACCAGUCAUCCCCGGAAUCGUACCCUACCCGCAAUCAAAAGGCAAACUGUGCAUUUGCUUCAGUAACUACUUACAGAUGCCGGCAGUCAUUCGCGAUCAAUUUAGAUUUUACUUUCCCGACAUGUAUAAGUAAGCAAGCAUUUUAAAAAUUAAUCUAUGUAUUAAAGUAAAAAUAUUAAUAAA